AUGAAAGGGUCUAAAGCUAAACCCUCUGGAGCCUCGGAGAAGCCUGGCAACUCGAGUGGGAAGAAACCCACCCGGAAAGGCAGGCUAAACGAAUGUAGCUUUCCCACCAAAAGGGGACGUAGACCCCUGAUGGUGGGAGCAAAACCUAAAUUUGACUACUGUAGGGAUGGUUGCAGCAGUCAAAUGUAUACAAAGUUCUGCUGUCAGGAUGUGGUGGCGGUGCAUGUCCAGAUCCCAGCGGGGAAGAGUGAUGGUGGAAUGGAGUUCGUUGCCUGCUCAGCAUAUUUCCCGGGAGACAAGACAGCAGAUCUACCUCCUCCAAAGAAAGUCAGAGAAGUAAUCUCCUUCUGCAAGAGGAAAAAUCUACAGCUGGUGAUAGGAUGCGACGCCAACGGCCACAACGAGGCAUGGGGAAGCACGGACAGGAAGCAACUUCAGAGGAAAGAGGUUUUAGACAUUACGGUCAGCUCCAACUAUUUGAGCAACAGGAUAUCCAACUGGAGGGUAUCAUCUGAGCCAUCGUGCUCGGAUCACAGACACAUACAGUUUGAAAUAAGCGUAGGUGAAAGAACUCUCCUGCAAUAUAGGGAUCCAAAGUGCACAGAUUGGGAAGGAUACAACCGCUCAGUCGUAUAUCUGCUGGAAUCCACAAUUGCAAAAGUGAGAGAUCGCAAUGAGAUCGAGAUUGCGGCGGAACAACUGCGGUGUGCAAUCAUAACGGCUUAUAGUGAAAACUGUCCACUUAAAACAAAGAAGGAUAAUAGGAAGUCCUCUUGGUGGAACAACAAACUGGACAAAAGAAGAAAAGAAGUUCGACAGCUCUUUAAUCGCGCUAAAGUGUCAGGGAAUAGGGCUAUACCUGACGUCGAUCGCCAGCCUAAAAUUAACGACGACUCAAGCAAUGAAAACGGACAGGAUCAAACUGCUCUACUGUCUGGACCGCCAACCAAUCUACAGAUAAACAGGAAGGCUUCCAGGAGAGCAGAAACAACAAAAAGGAUGAAAUGGAGUAGAGAAAUGAAUCUUAAUGUCAUAAGGACUUACCUACUCGUAAAUGAAUGUAGAGAUGAUCCUUUACCAGAACAAAAUCUAGUGGAUAGAAAAAGAACAAUAAUCAGAAAUAACUACCUUACACAGACCGAUAUAGAUCAAUUACGUAGAGAUGUGGGAAACGAGUUAAAUUUAAUAAACGAGGUCGCCGAAUAUCAAAAUUUAGACGUAACUGAAACAGACACAACGCGACAAAGCUUGCCCAGUCAAAACAACCCAACUGAUGAAGAAGAAGAGGUCACCCAAAAACUCCUAAGCAACUUUGAGCUAUUCCGAGGUUCUGAUCCAUCAAACAGGCCUUCAAUACCUAAACUAAAAUUCAAUAACCUCACUUCCAGAUUUGAAAAUCUCACGGAUAUUCACACCGCUAUAUAUGCGACAGCUGUUACUGUCAUUGAGCUCAAUGGCCAAAAAAUACUUGAAAGAACUUCAAUUCCACCAAAACCAACUAAAGUAAAACCAUCCUGGCAAAGACGCCUUGAAACAAAACUGAAUAAGCAGGAUCCAGAGUUUCGAGAAAAACUAAUAACAUAUCAAGACGAAUUAAGACAAAAACUUCAGGUCAAGGGAGCAAGGUUGCGUCGUUAUAAUGAAGCAUCAAAGCGGAAACAACAGAAUAGAAAUUUCCAAGCAAACCAGAGGGCUUUUUAUCGAAACUUUGAUACCACUAACAGAAUCUCAAGCGAGGAGCAUGUUGACCAACAGAGAUUUGAAAAAUACUGGCAGGAUAUAUGGUCUAACCCAACUCAUUUCAACCAGCAAGCACCAUGGAUUGAUCAGGUGGAAGAAAGUACCAAUGACUAUCAGGAAAUGGUGGAUAUCCAAAUUGAGGAAAAUGACAUUAAGUCAUGCAUCGUAAAAACUUCGAACUGGAAGGCAACAGGACUAGAUAAAAUACAUAAUUUCUGGCUAAAACAUCUUACCUGUAUCCAUUCUCUCUUGGCCAAGUUUUUUACCAAUGUUCUUCGAGAUCCAGAUGAAUUCCCAGAAUUCCUUGCGCAAGGUAUCACCUACUUGUUACCAAAAAAAGGUGACAUGAAGGAUCCAAAAAACUACAGACCAAUUACAUGCCUGUCAGUAUUUUAUAAACUACUCACAGCAAUAGUUCAUAAGAAAAUCUACGAGCAUUGCCAAUUGAACAACUUGAUCGCUGUCGAGCAAAAGGGAUGCAUAAAAAAUAGCCUUGGAUGUAAGGAGCAACUCACAAUUGACGCCAUUAUUAUGAAGCAAGCCGAAACAAAAUGUCGAAAUCUCAGCAUGGGUUACAUAGACUACAGAAAAGCCUUUGAUUCUGUUCCUCACGAUUGGCUUUUGAAAGUCCUUGAAUUAUAUAAAAUCAACCCAAAUAUAAUUACAUUCCUUAGUCACAUCAUGAAGAAAUGGAAAUCGCAAAUACUCUUAAAUAACCGCUAUAUGACAACUAUAAACAUCAGAAAGGGUAUAUUUCAGGGUGAUUCACUCAGCCCACUAUGGUUCUGCUUAGCGCUAAACCCACUGUCACAUCUGUUGAACCAAUGUAAAUCAGGAUAUAGACCUGACUUAAAGGAUAGCAUCAACAUCAGCCACCUAUUAUUUAUGGACGAUAUAAAGUUAUACUCUGAAUCCAACAACAACUUGAAAUACUUACUUAAAACUGUUCAAAUAUUUAGCGAUGACAUCAGGAUGGAUUUUGGAAUGGAUAAAUGCGCUGAGAUACAUAUACGAAAGGGUAAGAUUGCUGAACUACCAAAUGAAGAAGUACUAUUCCACCAACUGACAUCAGAUGAAAGCUACCAUUAUCUAGGGAUACAACAAAACAAGAGAAUCGACCAUACUCGUUUAAAAAAGGAAUUCAAAAUCAAAUACAAGAGCAGGCUUACUAAGUUACUUAAUACCAAAUUAAAUGCAAAAAACCUUAUUACUGCAAUAAAUACCUACGCUGUUCCUAUUUUGACCUACUCUUUCGGUAUACUAAAAUACUCAGACACUGACCUGAGAAACCUUGAUAUCUUAACCAGAACCACAUUCACAAAAUUCAGAAUACAUCAUCCCAAAAGUGCCACUCAGAGGUUGUAUUUACCUCGAAAAGAGGGAGGUAGGGGACUAACUAAUAUAACUGAACUAUGUAGAUCACAGGAGAAAAAGAUGCGAGAGUACUUCCAUUGUUCUAACCACCCAUUAUUGAGAAAAAUCGCUAAAUGUGACACAAACUUUACCCCACUUAACCUUCACUGUCCCGAAGACAUUAUAGACGACCACAGACGAAAAGAAGAAAUGCACCUAGAAUGGCAAAAUAAAGUGCUACAUGGAAAAUAUCCUACGGCCUUAAACGAUCCAACUGUUGACAAAGCAUCAUCGCUGCUGUGGUUAACUAAGGGAAAUCUUCAUGCAGAGACCGAAGGAUUCAUCAUAUCUGUUCAAGAUGGGGUGAUCCGUACCAGGAACUAUGAAAGAUAUAUUCUCAAAAAUACAGAGAUUGUGGAUGUUUGUAGGGUAUGUCAUAGCUUCGGUGAAACAAUAGAGCAUGUAAUUGGGGGAUGCUCAGGAUUAUCAAACUCUGCAUACUUGGGAAGGCAUAACCAGAUUGCAAAAAUUAUCCAUAGGCAACUGGCAAUUCAAUACCGGCUAAUAGAUAACCCUCCACCAUACUAUAAGUAUCUGCCUGCUGCAGUGCUGGAAUCGGACAACACUGUUUUAUACUGGACAGGCCAAUAA